GGGACCAAAGGAGUGAGCAGAGAAGGCUUCCAACUCAGUUCGCCGACUAAGCAGAAGAAAGAUCAAAAAACGGAAAAGAGAAGAGCAAACGGGCACUUUCAGGAGCAAUCCCCUCACCUCCAAGCCGGCUGCCCUCUAGGAAUCCAAAUUCCGUGCCUUCCGAAGACAAAGGCGCCCAAAGAGAGCGGCGGCGCGACCCCAGGGCGUGGGCCCCGCCGCGGAGCCCCCCGCACCGCCUGGCGCCCCGACGCCAGGGACCAUGUCUCCCGCCCCUCGACCCUCCCGCAGCCUCCUGCUCCCCCUGCUCACGCUCGGCACCGCACUCGCCUCCCUCGGCUGGGCCCAAGGCAGCAACUUUAGCCCCGAAGCCUGGCUGCAGCAGUAUGGCUACCUACCUCCAGGGGACCUGCGUACCCACACUCAACGCUCCCCCCAGUCACUCUCAGCUGCCAUUGCCGCCAUGCAAAGGUUUUAUGGUUUGCAAGUGACAGGCAAGGCUGAUUUGGACACCUUGAAGGCCAUGAGGCGCCCUCGCUGUGGUGUGCCAGAUAAGUUUGGUACUGAGAUCAAGGCCAAUGUUCGAAGGAAGCGCUAUGCCAUUCAGGGCCUCAAAUGGCAGCACAGCGAGAUCACUUUCUGCAUCCAGAAUUACACCCCCAAGGUGGGCGAGUAUGCCACAUUCGAGGCCAUUAGGAAGGCCUUCCGAGUAUGGGAGAGUGCCACGCCACUGCGCUUCCGUGAAGUACCCUAUGCCUACAUCCGAGAGGGUCAUGAGAAGCAGGCUGACAUCAUGAUCUUGUUUGCUGAGGGUUUCCACGGUGACAGUACACCCUUUGAUGGUGAAGGGGGCUUCCUGGCUCAUGCCUAUUUCCCAGGCCCCAAUAUCGGAGGGGACACCCACUUUGAUUCUGCUGAGCCCUGGACUGUCCAAAAUGAGGACCUAAAUGGGAAUGACGUCUUCCUGGUAGCUGUGCAUGAGCUGGGCCACGCUCUCGGCCUGGAGCACUCUAACGACCCCUCUGCCAUCAUGGCGCCCUUUUACCAGUGGAUGGACACAGAGAACUUUGUUCUGCCUGACGAUGACCGCCGCGGCAUCCAGCAACUUUAUGGCAAUAAGUCAGGGUCACCCACCAAGAUGCCCCCUCAACCCAGAACUACCUCUCGGCCCUCUGUCCCAGAUAAGCCCAGAAACCCCAGCUAUGGACCUAACAUCUGUGAUGGUAACUUUGAUACCGUGGCCAUGCUCCGAGGAGAGAUGUUUGUCUUCAAGGAGCGAUGGUUCUGGCGGGUGAGGAAUAACCAAGUGAUGGAUGGAUACCCAAUGCCUAUUGGCCAGUUCUGGAGGGGUCUGCCUGCAUCCAUCAAUACUGCCUAUGAGAGAAAGGAUGGCAAAUUUGUCUUCUUCAAAGGGGAUAAGCAUUGGGUGUUUGAUGAGGCUUCCCUGGAACCUGGGUACCCCAAGCACAUUAAGGAGCUAGGCCGAGGACUGCCGACUGACAAGAUUGACGCAGCUCUCUUCUGGAUGCCCAAUGGAAAGACCUACUUCUUCAGGGGAAAUAAGUACUACCGUUUCAGUGAGGAGUUCAGAGCAGUGGACAGCGAGUACCCUAAAAACAUCAAAGUCUGGGAAGGAAUCCCUGAGUCUCCCAGAGGGUCAUUCAUGGGUAGCGAUGAAGUCUUCACCUACUUCUACAAGGGGAACAAAUACUGGAAAUUUAACAACCAGAAGCUGAAAGUAGAGCCAGGGUACCCCAAGUCAGCUCUGCGGGACUGGAUGGGCUGCCCUUCGGGAGGCCGCCCGGAUGACGGGACUGAGGACAAGACAGAGGUGAUCAUCAUCGAGGUGGACGACGAGGGCAGCGGAGCAGUGAGCGCAGCCGCCGUAGUCCUACCUGUGCUGCUGCUGCUCCUGGUGCUGGCAGUAAGCCUUGCAGUCUUCUUCUUCAGACGCCAUGGGACCCCCAAGCGACUGCUUUACUGCCAGCGUUCACUGCUAGACAAGGUCUGACCCCCACCGCUGGCCCACCCGCUUCUACCACAAGAACUUUGCCCCUGAAGGCCAGUGGCAGCAGGUGGUGGCAGGUGGGCUGCUCACACCCAUCCUGAGCCCUCUCUCCCUCCGGCCUCCCUUCUCAGUCCCUAAUUGGCCUCUCCUACCCUCACCCAGCAUUGCUUCAGCCAUAGGUGGGUCCCCUGAGGGCUGAGCAGGAAGGUGGUCCCUUCCCGCCUCUGGCCCUCAGGGGAAGCCUGCCGGCUUGGUGUGUGUCCAACCCUAUUUGAAUGUUUUCAGGGCAAGACCCUCUGACCUCAUGGGCAAAGGCCAAAUGAGGUCACCCGCUUCUUUUCCAUCCCCUAACUGCAUACCUUAAAUCUCUGAACUCUGACCUCAGGAGGCUCUGGGCAUCUGAGCCCUCUAAGUGCCAAGUGUACCCAGUUGGCAGCCCUCCCACCACCGACUAAAAGGAACCUGAGAGUGUAUGUUGGAGGUGGAAAGAUUGCUCAGCUACUCUAAAGACUUUGGUUUUUAAAAAAAAAAAAAUCGCUCAAUGAAGGUCUUGGUGGCUUGAACAACCAAGUUUCUCUCCACAAAGAUCUGCCUCUAUCCAACCCAACCUGGAGAACGUCCAAGGAGCCUGAGCCAUCUAGGACUAAAUGGGUUUGAGGAAACUUUUGGCAAAACUGGCCCCUCCUGAAUAGCCUUGGAUAUCCAGUUCAAGGUCAGAAGAGCUGAAAGCAGGGGGAACAAACGUGCCUGAGUACAGAGCGGUCAAGGGGAGACAGCGGGAUCUGGAACAUGGGGGAAAGGAGCCUAUGGCUCAGAGUAGAAAAAGACCGGUUCAAAUGCAAGUUGCUGGGGCUGGGACCCAAAGACAGCAGUCCGAGGGGACAGGAAAUGAGGUGUGGUGGUAGCAGUGUAUGCCUGGGAGUCUGGGCAGACUGCAGGGCACACGCAUGACACUGUGGUACCCAGGAGCGUGCACAUUGUAUUGGGUCUCAGAGAGGGCUUUAAGGAAGCCACACUGGCCUCUUUUCGUCUCCUUGCUUACUGACUGUGGACAGGAAGGAUAAGGGUGGCUACAGGAGUGAAGAGCCUAUAGUACAGGGACUGGGGACUCCAUAGAGACCAGACCAGGCUGGCAGUGGCCUAGCCUUGCUCAGUCUGUCUCACUGCACUAGUGAGGCAAAUGUCUGGGUGCUCCUGGGUAGGGUGGGCCCCUCCCUCUCCUGAUGCAGGCACUCCUCAGCCCAUUUUACCUGUGUCCUGCCCUUCCAAUUCCCCACCCAGCCAACCCAUUUGAAAGUCUCCUUCAGCCACUGAAGGUGGUCAAGGUACUGGGGACUCAGGAGGGAGAGUGACACCCCGUGGAGGGGGUGAGAGGAAAGGAGUGUCUGGGUGGGGUUUGGGACUAGGGAAAACGGGGUGAACGGUGCUGGAAGCCCAGCUAAAUUUUUGUCUUGUUUGGGUUUUUUGUUUUGUUUAAUGUAUAUUUUUAUUAUAAUUAUUAUAUAUGAGUGCCAUUCAAAUCGUUCCUUUUUGUUAACAAGGGGCAUGGGGAGGGGUGGGGGAGGGGGGCAGAGGCAACUGACCUCAGAAACCUGCAGGGCGGGGCUGGGUCAGUGCCCUCUAAGGACAUUUUUGACCUUGUUCAACCUUUCCACGAAGAAUAAACUGUGUUUCACAUU